AUGCCGAGGCGGAAUCACCGAGACUCAACACCACCGAGCUGCACGGAAGGCCUCAGUGCAGGCGAGAGGAGAGCGACAGGGCAGGACAGUCAGGAGGGUGAGAGGACAGCGACAGGGCAGGACAGUCAGGAGGGUGAGAGGACAGCGACAGGGCAGGACAGUCAGGAGGGUGAGAGGACAGCGACAGGGCAGGACAGUCAGGAGGGUGAGAGGACAGCGACAGGGCAGGACAGUCAGGAGGGUGAGAAGACAGCGACAGGGCAGGACAGUCAGGAGGGUGAGAGGACAGCGACAGGGCAGGACAGUCAGGAGGGUGAGAGGACAGCGACAGGGCAGGACAGUCAGGAGGGUGAGAGGACAGCGACAGGGCAGGACAGUCAGGAGGGUGAGAGGACAGCGACAGGGCAGGACAGUCAGGAGGGUGAGAGGACAGCGACAGGGCAGGACAGUCAGGAGGGUGAGAGGACAGCGACAGGGCAGGACAGUCAGGAGGGUGAGAGGACAGCGACAGGGCAGGACAGUCAGGAGGGUGAGAGGACAGCGACAGGGCAGGACAGUCAGGAGGGUGAGAGGACAGCGACAGGGCAGGACAGUCAGGAGGGUGAGAGGACAGCGACAGGGCAGGACAGUGAGGAGGGUGAGAGGACAGCGACAGGGCAGGACAGUCAGGAGGGUGAGAGGACAGCGACAGGGCAGGACAGUCAGGAGGGUGAGAGGACAGCGACAGGGCAGGACAGUCAGGAGGGUGAGAGGACAGCGACAGGGCAGGACAGUCAGGAGGGUGAGAGGACAGCGACAGGGCAGGACAGUCAGGAGGGUGAGAGGACAGCGACAGGGCAGGACAGUCAGGAGGAAAAUAAAAAAAAGGCCACGAAGAUAAAAUCGAAGAAAAGAAGGUGGAGUGAAGCGAGUGAAGACCGACGCAGCGGCCUCUCCGUCGCUGGAUGGAGCGCAGUACCAGGAGAAGAUGGGUUCCUCCUCAACACCAUGGGAAACAAUCAAAUAAGAAAAAUGUAG